UAAAAGUUUGUACCUGUUUAUUUAAAGUGAAACCAUAGCAGCAAAUCAGAAAAGAGACUAGCUGUGAGCAUGCCUGUAUACGAUCAAGUAUUUGCAAUGGCUGUGGUUUGCUUUCUUAGAAGUAUUCUAAGUGUUGGGUACGACUAAAGUAGCACGGGGGACGUGGAAACUUGGGCGGAGGACCAAACCUGCAAAGUCACCUCCUCUUGUGUCCAGGUGACUGAAUACAGUUCCUUCCCGAACUUGAAGCCGCUUUCUUUCAUCUGCCUUUUCCACCGAUUCUCACUUCAGUUAGUUGUCCCGGAGAGGGAGAAGGGCGUCCCUAUGUAGAUGAAGGUAGCGCGAGCGAGUGCCUCCAACGGUCGGUGCGGCGCGUUCCCCACGCAGGUGCGCCGCUCCUUCGUCCUUCGGUCGCGCGCUUAAUGGUGGUGGCGGCGAGCGCGAGGAGUGAAGCGUUGCUACGAAGGCAACCGCGUUUACACGGGCGGUAGGGCCCAUCAUUCGCAACGCAGUCGUUGCGCGGCCCGAGAUGUCUGCAGGCGGUCGGCAAACCGUCGCCCCCCUGGGUACCUGCGAGACUGGAGGCAGUGGGCGGGUAAGGUCAGCUCCGUCCCCGGAGAGGGGCGCAGAAGUGCGCGGUCCGGAGGAUCCGAUCUGCCGGGGUAUAUUUCAGGUCGAGAAAAGAAGCUGCGACGUCGUCUUGACAUCGAGCAGAUUGACAUGGACGCCGAUUGAGCCGGAGAGCCCGACAGGCAGUGCAACCCAUAGAGGCAUUGGAAGAACAUUGAUGAUGACAAGAGGAACUGAACAAGAUAAAAGACUGAAUUGUGAUGGAGAAGAUGAUGAUAAGGUGGUUUCCCAACACAAGAUGGAAUUUGUGGAGCUGAAAGAAGUAUUUGGUGUCAAGAUGAAACGUCGACGAUCUGCAAGACAGCAAAAGGGAGGAACCUUGUUAGGAAUCGCAAUCUUUGUGUGUAUUAAAAAGGGACAAAAUAAGCUCAAAAAUCGUGCUAUUCAUCUAAGCAAUUUAAGUGAAGACUACUGCAAUGUUUGGUUUAAAUAUAUGAAAGAUAUUCUGAAUGAACAUUUUCCAAACAGACCAAAGUACCUGAAAGUUGUUAUUAACCCAUACAGUCACAGAAUGGAAGCUAAACAAGUCUACUAUGAACAAGUUGCACCUCUUUUCAAGUUGGCUGACAUCAAGACUGACAUCAGUACCUUACCAUAUGUUCAUACAGAUGGCAACCACAAGUUCAAAGUUACAGAGCAUGAAGGACAUGCUUUUUCAGUUCUCAUGGAAUGUGAUAUUCAAGAGUUUGAUGGUCUUGUGUGUGUGGGUGGUGAUGGGACUGCAAGUGAAGUGGCCCAUGGCUUACUCCUCCGAGCUCAGAUUGAUGCUGGGAGGGACAUCGAUUCUAACUUCACGCCUGUCAGAGCACCACUUCCUCUCGGCAUAAUACCAGCAGGUUCCACAAAUAUCUUGGCAUUUUCUGUACAUGGAAUUAAACAUCCUGGUACUGCAGCAAUGCAUAUCAUUAUGGGUAACUUCCAAAAAGUAGAUGUUUGUACCUUUUGUAGUCACAACAGGCUACUUCAAUUUGGUUUCACAGCUAUGCUUGGCUUUGGUGGAAGAACCCUGGCCUUAGCAGAAAAGCAUCGUUGGAUGCCUUCCACCCAGAGGAGAGAGUUUGCUGUUAUCAAAACACUGACAAAUCUGAAGCCUGAGAAUUGUGAACUAUCCUUUCUACCAUCAGAAAAUGUUUAUGUGGUAGACCAGGAAGACAAAAGAAAUGAAGAUGAAAUGAAUGCUAUUGAACAGUGUAAUAAUGAAGAUAAGUGGCAAACCAUACAAGGACAUUUCCUCAAUAUUAGCAUCAUGGCUAUUCCAUGUGUCUGUUCUAUGGCACCCAGAGGCCUAGCACCUAAUACCAGGUUGGAUAAUGGAAGCAUGUCACUUAUUGUUGUCCAAAAUUGUUCACGAGCAGACUUCAUAAAACAUCUAAAACGAUACGGUAACUUAACGAACCAGUUUGAUUUCCCCUUUGUGCAGACCUAUACAGUCCAGGAAGUUAAAAUACGUACAGGAACCAAGCACAGAUGGACAGACACAACCUCUGACAAAAAUGCUGAUUUUCAUUCAAGUCAUUCCUCUGUGAUUUCUCUUAAGGAAAACUCUCCAUGGAAUGUUGAUGGCAACUUAUUGGAGGGAACUUCAGAAAUUAAUAUAAAGAUCCACUCACAGUUAAUUACUCUGUACGGAAGGAAUAUUGAAGAAUGUGAUGAUACAGUAAAGUGCAGCUGUCUAUAGUGACUAUAAUACCACAAGUUUCCUAGAAUGGCUUAUUGGUCAUUGAACUUUUCUAAGGAAAUGAAGCAGAAUUAUUUUCAGACCAAAACCACAAUGAAUCACUGUGAGAUUGUGGCUUUUCAGAUAAAAUGACUACUUUUGAUUAAUUCCUAUAAUUGUACAACAUACUUCUGUAUAAAUUUUACAAUUGAGAUUUUGUUUUGAGAAGUGUACUUUUAUGAAUGUUAUCUACUGUUUAUCAAUUUAUGUAAAAUUGCAAGAUUUCUUAUUAGUGGUGUUCAUUUAAUGUCAAAAUUGGUGAUAUACAUGUAGUUCACAGUGAAAUUCUAACAGUGUUCUGUUCAAAUGUUUCAUGAAAAUAAUAAUGACCAGUGUAUGACCUGUUGGUUAUCUUCAAAUAACAGGAAUGUUACAGUAAGAAACCAGUAGAAUUUAACAUAGGGAUUUUGAAAAUACAAAACGAUAAUGUGUGGCAAUUAAGAAAAUGGAGCCUUACUACCAAAAUAUAGAUUAACAACAAUGAAAUUCUUAAGAAAGGUCACAAUUUUCCAGUUUCUUGGCUAAGUGUUAUUUUUGGGUAUUUUAAUAGUGGUUGUGCCAUCACCGCUAUAGCCAUUUUUCUCAUGCUGUCCUUCUCGCCUCAAUUAAUUAAUUAUGCAUUUGGCCUUUUUGAUGUCUUUCUCAUGCAAUCAUGUGUUGAGAGGCAAAAUUCCCACUGCUGCAAGGACCUUCUGGCAUUCAAACAUCGAUGCUAUAUCUAAAGCCUGGCUGCAAUCCAGGAUCUAGCUUGAAUGCUCAAAUUAAAACUAAAAUACUGCAGCUGCUGGAAACCUGAGAUGAAAACAAAGUGCUGGAGAAACUCCGCAGAUUCAGCAGUAUCUGCAAAGAGGAAUGCAAUUCACGUUUUGAAUCUAGUCUUCCAAAGAGUCAUACUGGUCAAAAUGUGAACUGUUUCUUUCUCUAAAGAUACUAUCUGAGCUGCUGCUUUUCUCCUGCACUCCUUUUAUUACUAAGUUGCACACUAUCCUCUUAGGAAACUAAG